AAGUUGCAAGUAUCUUAUCAUAAAGUUAUCUCAGCUAUUUAUACUGUAAACUUCUAAAAUUAUGUUGAAUGAUGUUUUAGUUUUUUGCAUUUCGCAAAUGGCAUGAAAGUUUUAUGCUUACUACUGCUAAUGAUCAUCUUAUUCAUCUGCAUUGUCGGACUUGGCGAAGGAUUUGCUCCGCUGCUAGCGAUCAUGGAGUCUGACUGUUGUGUUGAGCUCCUAAACUCAUUUGACUUUUGAGUCCUUACUAGCUGGUCUGCUGGCUUUCCACUGGUGGUCUUUGUGUGCGUUGGUUUGCUUUCGCUGCAGUUGUUCAUUGCUCUGGGGAACAUGUCAUGGAGAGCCUGUUUGUUUACGCCACAGUGCUGCCCAACGUAUGGAAGAAGAUCCGCGUGGAAAUUUUGGGCAACUUCCCACCCACCCCCGACGGCCACCGCUACUUGAUCUUUGCCGUGGACACUUGCACCUACUGGACAGAGGCCCGUGCCCUCCCCGAGAGCAGCCCGGAGGCCAUCGCGCGCUUCCUCUUAUCGCUGUAUUUUCGCUUUGGACGCUGCGAGAUCAGCGUGAGCAAGCAGAAGUACGCGGUGUGCCAGAAGGUGGCCGAGUGUUUCCGCGAGCUCCUGCAGCAGCACGACAUCCAUCCCGCUACCCCGGAUACCGCUGUCCUGCGGCACACGCAGUACGGUGUGGAUCAGCUGUUUGUCCUGCAGGAUCGCGGGGCGGACGCCGGUGUCACCACCGGCGGUAUGGCGCUGGAUAAGAACGGGUUGCUGAUCGGCUGUGCCGACAUGCAGCUCCCUCCGUCUCAAGCCGCUCUCUUCACUGACGCUGAUCCGCUCAAUCCCAUUCCCCAGUAUCCCUCCCUGAAGAACACCAAACGCUCCGUCAUCCAGCGCUCCACCACGACGGUGAACCCCACGAAUCUCGACACGGACUUCCUGUCCUUCGUGUCGGCCAAUCCCACCAACUGGGACGUGAAAUUAGAGGGUUUUUUAUAUAAUCUCCGCACGGCGGUGGCGGUAUGCAAUAAAGGCUACUCCGCGCAUCAUCUAAUGCUGGGACGGAAUCCGGUGCCGGUCACCGGGAGAGAACUGAUCGUGCGGUCGCUGACAGGGAUCCACGAAGUGUUUAGACUGUUGAAUCACAAUGAGAAAAGCAGAAAAUCGAAGGAAAAUGGGAAGGAGACGGAUAGCGAGCGGAAAGCGUUGUGGGAGGUUCGUCGGUCGUCGGAAGUGGUUUCUAGUAAUCAGAAAGCCUAUAAUCUGCGCAGUCGGGGUGCUACCGUUCCGGACAGCGAAGUUAUUGUUGCUGCCAGUGUGGACAAUGAAAAACAGCAAAAUGGUGCUGGUGUGGAGAAGAAAAAGAAGCCCCAGCGGAAGAAAUUGCAAAAGGGGAAAUCUAAGAAGAAAGUCGCCAAAACGACAGCGGACAGUCAAACUACGAAGAAAUCAAAGAACCGGCGGAAGAGAAAGCGUGCCGAUAUUCUGAAAGUCAAAUGCCCAGAAUGUCCUAACACGUACGUGACGUGUCAAGAGGAAUUGGAUUUGCAUUUGGAAUGUCAUACUGUUGAUGAAGGAAGUGGCGAACGACUGUUCAAAUGUCGGGAAUGUGGGAAGAUCUGUAAAAUCUGGCUGAAUAUGGUGCGGCAUCUGGGGCACCAUCGGGACAUAUCGACGUUCCGCAAAUUACCCAACGAGUGCUAUACAUGUAAGCAUUGUGGGAAGGAGUUCAAAGUGCCGGAAUGCCUGCGUGAGCAUGUCCGCGUCGUCCACGAGGGCCAGAAGCGCUUCGAAUGCCAUAUUUGCCAUGAGAAAUUCAAAGUGUACAAAACCAAGAUGCGCCACAUGGAUCUCAAGCAUGCUAAUAUCACGUACAACUGCCGUGAUUGCCAUUACAAGACCAAAGUACGGAGGAAUCUCAAGUUGCACAUGGAGAAGCAUGAGAAGAAACGUAAAGCGGAUCAGGAACGAGCAGAGCCACCGGAAGACCGUAUGGAAGACAUCCCUCUUCCCGUCAACAACGGUGUAAAUCACGUCCAGCCAUCGGAACCGGCCAAUCCGGUUACGCAUGCAGCGCCUCUUCCGGUAGGAAGCAGUAGUCGGUUGGGACCCUUCCACCGCAUGCACGCCGCCAGUCUGUCGCAUCCCGAGCCGCCUCCCCCGCCGGUCAGCAUGCCUUGUCCGUGGUCAGGAGGGAAUGAGGCCGCUGUCCAGCACGCCAACAUGCCGGUGAUUUAUUUCACGCCGCCAGCUGGUCCCUCCAAUCCGAAUGGUGCGUUUGUCGCCGGCAAUCAUGCGGAAUUGAUGCCGGGAUUCAUGCAGAUGGGCAUGUCCAUGCCGCCGUUUCAGCAGACCGUUUUCACCGUUCUGUCGCCGUCCGUGCCGGAUGCGUCGCUUCCGGGGAUGCGGAUUACGGAUUCUGGGCGGGCUACGUAUCAGCAGUUGGCGUAAACCAAAGUUGAUUUUUUUUAUACAAAUUCGGUUCCUUUUUGUCCUAUUUUCUGUGGUUUUUUAUACAGUAUGUUUUUCUAAGUGAAUACGCGGUUUUGUUUUUGUUAAGUUUGUACGUUGAAAUUCGCAUGCCUUUGAAAUUUGAAAUACUUAUCUGGUGCGACCAAGUGCGAUUGUGAUUAAA